UGCAGCCAGACCAGCCGAGCAGGCAAAUGAGGGAUGGACGCACUUCCAUUCACGCUCCGGAAUAACGGAUUAGCAAGUGACAUCGCAGAACAGACGGUGAUUUUUAAACUAUUACAAAUCCAUUAAAACAGGCAGUAUUACACACCACUCUCUUUAGUAGGAAGCGGAGGAAUCACUUCCUGGAAUUUCACCAUCCAGCAGUUUGGAAACUAUAAACGAACAAUGCAUUCUGCCGCCGACAACUAACUUAAAAUGAAGACAUACCGAGGCAGUAACAGAAAAGAGUAUCAGAGACUCUCUUUUAUCAAAUCUUUCUCUUCUCUCUCUUCUCUCCUUUCAGGAGAACCUGAUAAGCCUCAGCGAUUCUCACCACGCGACCAGCGCGUCCGUCAGUAGGGUCACCUUCGUAAUUAACACGGGCGUCUUGUGGACGUGCGUGUGAGUGAGCUAGAGACCGUUAUCCAUUUGGAGCGAGAGAAGAAGAGAGUCUGGAUAUAACCACUAUCCAACCCUCCAGACAGCAGCAGAAGCCGCAACCGGAGUCGGUCCUCCAGAGUAGCCGUCUAGCCGCACCCCCAGUCCCGCAGCCCCAUGCAGGAUGCCCGGAGGGGAGCGCUGGUCCUGGGGUGUCCUCCUGGUCCUACUCAGCCCGAGUUCAUGACGCCCUGGGCUGCUUCAUCAUGCGUCUCCUACCCGCUCCAAGCGCUCAAUCUCUCCGGCUACUCUUUCUCUUUAUCUUCGUGAUGGGGGUGGCCCCUUCCCCGGCUCUUACAGCAGGCUGCCCUGACAGGUGUGUGUGUGACGACCAGCUGGUGGUCCAGUGUGCCGGGCAGGAGCUCACCCUCUUCCCCAUCGACCUCCCUCUAGCUACCCGCCAACUCAUCAUCUCCAACAACCGCAUCAGAGAACUUCCAGCAUUGCAACUCAACUACCUGUCUGAUCUAGUAUACCUGGACGUCAGCAACAACACCCUGAUGGAGAUCUCUGAGUCCACCUUCGGGAAUCUCCGGAAGCUGGCCUACCUUGACCUGUCCUUCAAUACACUGACCCAGAUCGAGGACCGGACGUUUGGACCGUUGUCUAGCCUUGUGAUGCUACGGCUAACAGACAACCCGGGGCUAAGUGAGAUCCACCCGGACGCGUUCUCAGAGAACGUGGCUCUGCAGGUGCUGGAUGUGAGCAGGAACAACCUGACGACGCUGAACAUCAGCUCUCUUAUUGCCCUGCCCUCUCUGCGCUCCAUGGGGCUCAGUGGAAACCCCUGGAGGUGUGACUGCGAGACGGAGGACCUCUGCCUCUGGGUCCAAAUAGAAGGAUUCAAGUUCCAAGACGAGGGCCAGACAGUGUGCCAGGAGCCUCCAGAGCUGUCUGGGCAACGGCUGGCUGAAGUGGGCAUGCAGCUGAGGGCAGACUGCCACCAGGGCCUGGGCUACUGGGACUACCUGUUCUUCAUCGCUAUCGGCUUUGUCAUCUUCAGUGCCGGCACCGUGUCGGCAUGGGUGAUGGGUGUCCUCAUGGUGCUGUACGAGAGAUACAACAAGAGGAAGGGGGAAGACAUGGACAGUGAUGAUGAGGAGGAGAGACAUAUGGGGGGAGGGAUGAUGGGGGGAGGGAAUCAGGGGAAUGGGGAUGUGAAUAAGCCUGGCAUGCAGGUGUGA